AACAGCAGAGGGCGGCAGGCAAUCGAGGUGCCACUCCGCCCUUGGUUCAGGAGACUCUUCUCGUUUCCGACGCUGCGAACCUUUGCCCCGGAAGUGUUCAGGUGCCGGUUGCAGGCGUGACUUUGAGAGCUUGCCGCUGUGGUCCCGGCACCGAGCAAAGCAGACCCGCUGCCGCCGGAUCUCGCGGUUCUUGGCUGUCAUGAGGCUUCUGGGUGUCACUGCGGCAGUUCUGGGGCGCGGGCCUCUCCCACGGGUCCCUGCCGCCCUGGGCUGGCAGGGGAAGCAGGUUAAUUGGAAAGCCUGCCAGUGGUGUUCAUCAGUUACAAUUCCUAAUGAAAAAAUACGAAAUAUUGGAAUCUCAGCUCACAUUGAUUCUGGGAAAACGACAUUAACAGAAAGGGUGCUGUACUACACUGGCAGAAUUGCAAAGAUGCAUGAGGUGAAAGGUAAAGAUGGAGUUGGUGCUGUCAUGGAUUCCAUGGAACUAGAGAGACAAAGAGGAAUCACUAUUCAGUCAGCAGCCACCUAUACCAUGUGGAAAGAUACCAAUAUCAACAUUAUAGAUACUCCUGGCCAUGUGGACUUCACAAUAGAAGUGGAAAGGGCCCUGAGAGUGCUGGAUGGGGCAGUCCUUGUUCUCUGUGCUGUUGGAGGAGUACAGUGCCAAACCAUGACUGUUAAUCGUCAGAUGAAGCGCUACAAUGUUCCAUUUUUAACUUUCAUUAACAAAUUGGAUCGAGUGGGCUCCAACCCAGCCAGGGCCCUGCAGCAAAUGAGGUCUAAACUAAGUCAUAAUGCAGCAUUUGUGCAAAUCCCCAUUGGUUUGGAGGGUGAUUUUAAAGGAAUUAUAGAUCUUAUUGAGGAACGAGCUAUCUAUUUUGAUGGAGACUUUGGUCAGAUUGUUCGAUAUGGUGAAAUUCCAGCUGACCUGAGGGCAGCAGCUGCUGACCACAGGCAGGAGCUAAUUGAAUGUGUUGCCAAUUCAGAUGAGCUGCUUGGUGAGUUGUUCCUGGAAGAAAAAAUCCCCUCAGUUUCUGACUUAAAGCUUGCAAUCAGAAGAGCUACAUUAAAUAGAUUAUUUACUCCUGUCUUUGUGGGAAGUGCCUUGAAGAACAAAGGAGUUCAGCCUCUUUUAGAUGCUGUUUUAGAGUACCUCCCCAAUCCAUCUGAAGUCCAGAAUCAUGCUAUUCUCAAUCAGGAGGAGAACUCAAAAGAGAAAACCAAAAUCUUGAUGAACUCCAAAAGAGAUGGGUCCCACCCAUUUGUAGGCCUGGCUUUUAAACUGGAGGCAGGUCGAUUUGGACAGUUAACAUAUGUCCGAAAUUAUCAGGGGGAGCUAAAGAAGGGUGACACCAUCUACAACACAAGGACAGGAAAGAAAGUUCGAGUGCAACGGCUGGUUCGCAUGCAUGCCGACAUGAUGGAGGAUGUUGAGGAAGUAUAUGCUGGUGACAUCUGUGCACUGUUUGGCAUUGACUGUGCUAGUGGCGAUACAUUCACAAACAAAGAUAACAGUGGCCUUUCUAUGGAGUCAAUUCAUGUUCCUGAUCCUGUCAUUUCAAUAGCAAUGAAACCUUCUAACAAGAAUGAUCUGGAAAAAUUUUCAAAAGGUAUAGGUAGGUUUACAAGAGAAGAUCCUACAUUUAAAGUCCACUUUGACACUGAGAGCAAAGAGACCAUUGUAUCUGGAAUGGGAGAAUUACACCUGGAAAUCUAUGCUCAGAGGCUGGAAAGAGAAUAUGGCUGCCCUUGCAUCACAGGAAAGCCAAAAGUUGCUUUUAGAGAGACCAUUACUGCCCCUGUCCCGUUUGAGUUUACACAUAAAAAGCAGUCAGGUGGUGCAGGCCAGUUUGGAAAAGUGAUAGGUGUGCUGGAGCCCCUGGACCCAGAGAACUACACUAAGUUGGAAUUUUCAGAUGAAACAUUUGGAGCGAAUGUUCCCAAGCAGUUUGUACCUGCUGUAGAAAAGGGUUUUUUGGAUGCCUGUGAGAAGGGCCCUCUUUCUGGUCACAAACUGUCUGGGCUUCGGUUCGUUCUGCAAGAUGGAGCACACCACAUGGUGGAUUCCAAUGAAAUCUCUUUCAUUCGAGCUGGAGAAGGUGCUCUUAAACAAGCCUUGGCAAAUACAACAUUAUGUAUUCUUGAACCUGUUAUGUCUGUGGAAAUUACAGCCCCAAAUGAAUUUCAGGGACCAGUAAUUGCAGGAAUUAACCGACGUCAUGGCAUAAUCACAGGGCAGGAUGGAAUUGAGGACUACUUUACGCUUUAUGCAGAUGUCCCUCUAAAUGACAUGUUUGGCUAUUCCACUGAACUUAGGUCAUGCACAGAGGGAAAAGGAGAAUACACAAUGGAGUACUGCAGAUACCAGCCGUGUUCACCAUCUGCACAAGAAGACCUUGUUAAUAAAUAUUUGGAAGCUACAGGUCAACUUCCUGUAAAAAAAGGAAAAGCCAAGAACUGACUUUCCUCAUUUUGAAUGUAAUAACUUUAAAUCUGCAAGAUUUAGAUAUGAUGGACUCCAGUGGAAUGAAUUCAGGUUGCUGAAACAUUUUAGAAGCCCAUAUUGUUUCACAUUCAGGAGCUUCUGUCAUAUGCAAAGAUAAUUCUAUGUAUAUCUCAACUCUGUUGAUUGGUUUUAUAAUUUACUGAAAAACCUCAAAUAAAAUGUGAUUAUUACUGAAAUAUAUUUGAUAUUUAAAGAAGGGACUGAACAUAAAAGUUUAUACUUUUAUGUUUAGAAUGUAUAUAAACCUCUUUCAAAAAUUUUUUUAUGAGAGUUUGUUCAGCAGAGAGAAAAGUUGGAAAAACAGUACAUAGAAUGGCAUGUCCAGUUGAACAGUUUUGUUAAUUAUUUGCUUAUUAAAUAAUUUGUCUCUCUUCUAUUUAUGUCUCAUACAUUGGUAUUUUUAAAUAUUACUUUGCCAAAGGCUUGAAAGUAAAUUUUGUAUUUCAUGACACUUCUUGGAGUGUCAUUAGUGGUCAGGAUUUUCAGUGGAUUCUAUAUGAUCUUACUAAGAACAUUUUUUCAGAUUCUUCAUUGGGGUAUUAAAAUAUUACCUAAAUUUCUAGCAUAUAAUUGCACUUCAGUUUGUGGCUUCUGCAGAUUUGUAACUGCCUCUGUUUUAGGAGUACUGAUGUCACCUGCAAUCUUACAUAAAGUAAAAAAUAGAUUGUUACAUGUGCUAUUCUUGUUUGUGUUCAUAGUUUCUGCUCCCUAAAUAAAAAAUACAAUUUAUAGAAUUGCUGACUCAGUUCAUUCACUUAGUAAAUAUUAGUUGCAUUUGAGUCUGCUAUAAUUUAUCAUGUAUUGUAUUCACUGAGAUUGUAAAAGAACAAAUGUUUAGCUUUAAUUUCCAGAAUAAGUUGAAUUUUCACAGGCAGUGUAACCAUACUGCUCAGAAUUUCUUCAUUCAAAAAUUAUCUGAUGCCAAACUAGGCAUGGUUAGUGCAUACCUCUAUUUCAGCACUUGGGAGAUAGAGGCAGGAAGGUUGUGAGUCUGUUGUCCUUACUGGAUAAUAGAAAUAAAACAAAUGAUUUUAAAUUCUUUUGGUUUUCUUGAUUUGUUAAUUUGCUUUAUAAUUUAAGAUUUCUAAAAAAAAA